AUGUCUUUUAGCAAUAUCUCAGAAGCUCUUCAGACUUUCCUUUCUGCUAACGACUUGAAUGCAAGAUCUCAAGCUGAACAAUUCCUCAACUCUAUCCCUGAAAAAGAUUUCUAAGGUGGCAUCUAGCAAUAUCUUUCAGCCCUAGACUUACAAGACGAAAAACUCUGCGAAUUAGCUGCUUUGUUAUUGAAAAAGCAAUACAUUGAUAAGGAUGAAAAUUUAUAAAAGAUUUCCGAUAAUAUUCUAGGAGAAAUAGUUUAGAAGGUAGAAUAAUCCAUCAACGAAAAUCGUAAAACCCUCUACAUUAAGAGAGCUUGCGAAAUUUUGGUUAAGCUCUAUACCAACAAGAAUGGCUUAGGUCAAUUAAUGCAACUUAUUUAAAAGUUCUCUCAAGCUACCACUUCUAACUUAAAGAUUGGUCUUAUGUAUCUCAUAGAAAUAAUUUGUGAAUACUCUUUUAAUGAUGAAGAACUCAUGAAAUAUUCAGGAGAACUCUCUGCAAUCUUCUCAAAGUUCAUGGAAGACUCUGAUGUUAAGGUAAGAGCUGAAACUUUCAAGAGCUUGACUGGUUUCCUCUGUUCUAUUGAAGAAGAAGGUCUUUUGAAGAACUUCGAAGGCGUUUUCCCUACUUUAAUUAGCAAGUGUGUUGAAUGCAUCUAAGCUGAUGAAGAAGCCGGAUCUACUUCCUUGAACUCUUUGGUUGAUUUGAUUGACAUUCACCCUAAAUUCGUUAAGCCCAUUACUUACGAAUUAUUGAACUUAUUUACUGAAAUUAUUUCAACCAAGCAACUUUCAGACUCUCUUAGAAUUAAAGGUUUAUCUGGCAUUCUUUCAAUUUGCUCAAGCUAGAGUGCCUAAGUUAGAAAAGGAGACAUCUUCAAAACUAAGACAGCUCCUGCCCUUAUCAAGAUGAUGGCUGAAGUAGACAGCCUUAGCUUAGAAGAAUGGACUGAAGAAUUAGACGAUGAAGCUCUCUCAAAAAAUGAUCCUGCAAGUGCUGCUGAAGAAACCCUUGCUAAAAUUGGUUACGAAUUGACAAACAAGUACAUGCUUCCAAUUUUCAUUCCUUUAAUUAAAGAAUGUAUUGCUGCUGGUAGCUGGAAUACUAUUCAUGCUGGUUUAGUUGCAAUUGCUAACUUAACUGAAGGCACAGCUGAGAACUUCAAGAAUGAUUUACCCCAAAUUGUCGCUAUGGUUCAAUCUCAAGAAUCAAAUCCUCACCCAAGAGUCUAAUAUAGCGUCUUAACAGCUUACUCCCUUUUAUGCACUGAAUUCACACCUGAUAUUCAACAAAACCACGGAGAUCUUAUUUUGAACUUCAUCUUGAAGAACUUAGAGAGCACUAACUCAAAGUUGAAACACAGAAGUAUUUCAUCUAUCAUCAAUUUCUGCAAGGAAUUGAUUGAAUAAGACGAAGACUGCGAAAUUAUCAAAACUUAUGCUGAUAAGUUGUUAUAAGGUGUCUCUUAAACUUUCGAAAAAUGUUUGAGCGAAAACAAUCAAAGAACUUUAGAAGAAACUUUGAUUUGUCUUUCUACUGUUGCUGUUACUUUAGAAACUGAAUUUGUUAAGUACUACAAUAAUUUCAUGCCUGGUUUAUAGACUCUCAUCCAAACUUUACCUGCCACUAAUGCUCAAUAAAUUAGUAUCCGUACUCACACUAUUGAAUGCAUGGGAUACCUAUUAACUGCUGUUCGCAAAAACAAAGAACUCUUCCUAAGAGACAGUGAAAUUAUCAUGAAUGCUCUCCUUUCUAUGUAAAAUGAUGCAAAGAUGGAAAAGGAUGAUCCUCACCACUCACCCAUUUUAGUUGUCUACGCACAAAUUGCUGAUGCUAUGAAAGAAGGUUUCUCCAAGUUUUUACCUGCUAUUAUUUAGAAGAUCCUUCAAGGUGCCAGCAUCAGCAUUGAUCUUGUUGCUGAAGAUGUUAUCGAUGGUGCUACUUAAAAGGAAGAUUAUGACAAGAGCAAAUUCGUUAAGUACAAUUUUGAUUUAGGUUUGUUGGGCGGCAUGAAGACUUUAUAAUUGAAUAUGGCUGCUUUAGAAUAAAAGAUUGAAGCUUUCCAUACUUUAUACGCUGUUGCUGAUGCUACCAAGACUGCAUUCCUUCCUUAUGUUGAAUAAUCUUUGGAAAUCGUCACUAAGCACAUCAGUUUCAAGCACUCUAGAGAUAUCUCUGAAACUUGUAUUAAGACUUUUAAGUGUUUGAUGGCUGCUUGUGGAAAUGACCAAGCUAAAAUAUCUGCAAUUUUUAACAACAUUGCUCCUACUUUAUUACAACUUUUAACUAACUCUGUUUCUUAAAGCAAUGCCGAUGAUGUUUACAUUCUUAUUGUUAAUAUUGCUGAAUGCUAUAAAACUUUUGUCAACAAUUCUGGCAUCAAUCUUGAAGUUGUUGAAAAGAUCACUCAAUAAGCAGCUUAAUCUUUGAAGAUCGCUGCUGAUCUUAAAAAAUAAGUUAUCAAGUAAUUUGCUAACGAAGACAUGGACGAUGAUGCUUAAGCUCUCUUCGAAGAACAAUACGAUGAAGCUAACUCCAUUUUAAAUGGCAUGCUCGAUUUCAUUCCUUAAACUGUUAAGCUCUUCCCUACUUUAGAAGCCGUCAUUGUAAAUAACUUUUUACCUGAUUACUAUGCUGCCUUCACUAAAGAAACCUGCUCUGACAACGAAAUCAACCUCGCACUUUGCGUCUUCAGUGAAUUAUUCUAAUACUGUUCUGAGCCUAUUUUCUAAAGAGCCUACGUUGAUAUGGCCAAGAAAUAUUUAGAUUAUGCUAAGGAUUAUGAAAACAACGAUAUAAAGUAAACUGCUGUAUUUGGUUUAGGAGUUGUUGCCAAGAGAUCCACUCAUGCUUAAUUCUAACAAUUCUACCAAGACUCACUUACUAUUUUAUCUGGCUUGUUCACUAACCCUGCAUUCUAAUAACCAGAAGUUGCUUGUGUCUUCGAAAAUAUUUUGGCAUCUUUAUUCAAGAUUGCUGUAUUCUAAAUUCAAGAUGAAGCCACCAGAUCUGAAGUCUUAUCUAAAUGUUUACCUCGUUUACCUUUGAAAGAAGAUGUUGUUGAAGCUUAAAAUUUACAUGAAUUACUUCUUAAAUUAUUACAAGAAAACAAUCCUAUUAUUUGCAGCAAUGCUAAUGUUAAUAGCUUAGCCCUCGAAGCUGUUAAUAGAAUAAAAACUCAUAUCAGUUAAAACCCAGAAUCUGAAAUCUUAAAGUAAGCUAGCAAGGCCUUAAUCUAACUUUGA